GCGGGGCGGAAGCGGCUGCGGGGCCGCGCAGGAGCCGGGCGGGUCCCCGGGCAGUGCUGGGCCUGGCACUGGCGCUGUCCGCCGUGCCCGGAGCCCCGCCGGCAUGAGCGGCGAGCGGCGGCGGCCGGGCCGAGCCCCGCGCCCUCCCCCUUCCCUCGGGCCCGGCUCGGCGGCGGCCGCCGGGGCUCGGCGGGGCGUGCCGGCUUCGCGGUGCCGGGCGGGACGGAGCGCGGCGGAAAGCCAGGAUAAUCUUCAAGGGUGGAUGAUAGAAUCAACUGGCCUUUCUGCAAGUGCAGAAGAGAAAAAAGAGAGUGUUCCCACACAGCUGAUGAAGCAUCAAAAUGAAAUUGGUGUUGCUUCUGAGGAACUUGGCUCAGCAAAUGCACCUGCAGACCAGAAAGAGCAAACUAUAUCAGAAAUAACACAAGACUGUGUAUACAGAAGUAGUGGGAGACCUGAGAAGACAGAUAUGAUUAAAUCUCUUGUGAUGGAUCAGGAUGCAUCCAGAAACUGUGCACUAUAUGUACCUGGGUCUAGUAAUCGUUCAGCAGUGGAGUCAUCUGAGGAGAGCGAGGAGGACAUGUAUCGUGAUGAAGAAGAAAUAGAGAGAGAGAAAAUACUACUUAGUGAAACAAACUCAUCAGAAUGUAAAUUAAGUGUUUCACCUGAAAUGGACAUCAUGGAAUAUUGCAGGAAGGAAUGGAGAGGAAAUACACCAGCAGCAAAAAGGAUGAGAAAGGGAUAUGAAGCAGUUGCUCAGAAGUUUGCAUCUAUAAGGAGAAUACGAGGUGAUAACUAUUGUGCUUUCAGAGCAACUCUUUUCCAGGCAUUAAGCCAAGCCACCCAGUUACCAAGGUGGCUGCAGAGUGAGGAUUUUACUAUGCUUCCUGAAAACUUGCUGAGCAAGUAUGAUUGGAUCAAGCAGUGGCAGCUCAGACAGAAACCUGGCAAGAGGAUGGGAGAAAUAAGGGAUGAAAUAAAAAAAUAUUUAAUACUUCUAAGGCAAAAGUGGAAGAAUAUAAGUGAAAUAAAGGGUCCUCUUGAGAAACAAGAAGCUUGUGAUAAAUUGUUUAAGAAUGAAGAGGAGGAGUACAGUCUUUAUGAAGCGCUGAAAUUUUUAAUGCUUAACACUGCCAUUGAAUUAUACAAUGCUGAUAAAAGUGGAAAGAGAGUGCCUGUCUUCUCCUGGCUCCUGUUUGCACGGGAUACAUCCAGCAACCCUUGUCAGUUAAUGCAUAAUCACUUGAAUCAUAUUGGUCACAGCGGAGGCCUUGAACAAGUGGAGAUGUUUCUUCUUGCUUAUGCUCUGCAGUACACCAUCCGAGUGUAUCGACUCUAUAAGUACAGCACUGAUGAGUUCAUCACACUUUACCCCAAUGACCCGGAGGAGGACUGGCCUGUGGUGACUCUCAUAACUGAAGAUGACAGACACUAUAAUAUUCCAGUCAGAAUGUGCCAAGAGACAAUGCUGUGAACAAGUGAUUUUUUUGGCAGACAAACUUGUGCUGCUUAUGGAGGUUUCCCAUGCUAUUUUGAAACAGGACAAGGACAGAAUCCAUGUGAUUAAAUCAACAACUUGAAAUCUGUGUCUUGGAAGUUGACAUCUGAAAUAAAGUAUCAAAUAGGUACUAUCUUAAAUAGUAAAGGUUUGGCAAGCAUGGCUUUCUUUUCCAUCAAAAGAAAUGGGAGCUUCUGCAGUCCUUUUUUUUGAAGGACUUGCUCUGAAUAGAAUUGCCAAGACUAUAGAUUUAUUCAUUUUAUUUCUUUUAGUGAGGCUCUGUGGUAAGACAUGAGCUAAUGUUUUGCUCCCCAAAAUAAUUUCAAUUGAAAUUUUUGGGAAAGUAAGGUGGCAGUAUCUUGGCAGAUCUUUGUAAAAGUACUUAGAAGCCAUUUAUACAAAUUGGGUCUCGGGAAGCAAUACAAUUCUUUUGCAGUUGAAAUUUAAUGCCUGCUAUGGUUUAUGCUAUAAGAGAGAUGUUACUUAAGUUUUCUAAUGCUUUGGGUUGUUUUUUCCUACAUAAGUGUCUCUUAUUUAGAAGCCAGUUGUCUGUUACACUGAAAGUGCUCUUCCCCUUUCAACCCAUGGAGAGGAACACGGCAAAUGUGAUAAGGGAGUAUAAAAGUUGUUUGAUAGUUGGUCACAAAGUCAAAAGACUACACAGAAUUCCCACUUAAAUUGUGACAGCUGAUAGAAGGUAGCCACAUGCCUGUUAACUUCCAUGUCUGUUCAUGUUAUUGUUCCUGUAGUGUUAAUCCUCUCAGGCAGCUGCUCUAGAGAACAUGAGGAUUUUAAUGUGUCCAGGGAGUUCAGUAGAUGGAAAUAAACUUUUUGUGCAGCUUACUCCUCCCAAGAGUGGAGAUACCAGAGGUUCUGUUUCUGCUUAGUUAUUCAUUAUGCUUUAAAACUGAAAGAAUACAGAACGUAUCAGAUGCUGGAAGUGCUGACAAAUCUUUAAAAAAUAAUUAAAUAAUGAACCAUUCAGCUUUUAGGUUCAAGUAGAAUAUUUUGUACAGAUGAUUUUGGAACAAGAGAGUGGAAGCUGAUUUAACCAAAAUGGUGGUCAUACACAGGUCACUUAGAGGGCCUUCAUAUGUAAAUGGGGUAAGGUUAUAAAAACUUUUCAUUUGAAUAUUUUGGAGAAAGUGGUGUGCAAAAUUCUUCUGUUCUAGUUGAAAUUAAUUUGUUAACUAUUAUUGUGGAAGGUAAUAUACACAACGAAACUGUUUUCUAAAAGUUCUGUUCUAUUCUAAGAAAGUUCUGAAAUGUGUUUUAAACACAUAAAUGAGGCCUAUCAUGUACUGUGUUAUAUUUGUCAUGUUUUCGUUGCCUUCUAAAUCAAUUAGUUUGUUACUGAAAAUUUCUUCUUGCUUAUGGAGAGCUACAAGGGAAUAAAAAACUUAAAUUCA